AUGACAAACUUCGAAGCUUGUUUUUGUCCUUGCAUUCGAAGAUUCCUGGCACCCCUUUACGUGUCCCCAUGCUUGGAGACGAACACGACAGAGUUCCACUUUCUCACCGAGAGAGAUUUCGAGAUUCUGGUCAACGAACCGACCAAGUGUAUAGUCAAAGGAGACUCUGAAACCCAGAUAAACCUGAUGAAGGAAAAAGUGCGGAACAUCACCACGGUCUGGUUCUCCAGAAGACGAAAGACCCAACCGGAGAGAAUCCUCGUCGUCCACCCGAGCGAAAAGGCGACGAAGCAGCUGAGAGACGCAGUACCGCGAUGGAUCGAAGCAUCCGCGAUCGGUGCCUGUUCCACGUGGACCAACAGGUCUCCAGACGAAAGAAAGGAGUGGGUUCGGGGCAUCAUUCAGAGAAGUCUCACCUUCUGUGCGCUUUCUCCCGCAGACAUCAACAAUGAACACACGCAAGACGAGGGAUCGUCUGCAGAGGCACCUGCAGGCGAUAUAAACUCCGUAGAAACUGAAGAACCCUUCAUUAGAGUUCCUUCUAUUGCUCGAGGGGAAAGCAAUAUAAAAUACAAGGAUGGAUCCCACCAACCGUCUCAGAAGGAAUUACUUUCUCGUGAGGAGCUCCUUAAAAUAACGGGACUGGUGGAGAGCCUCAUGUAUAUUCUGCUUCACAGCUACCUUUAUGGAAUAUCUUCUUGUUUCUACGGGAACACUUAUACCGAAAAUGAGGUUGGUGCUAAAGGGAUGCGUGACAGCAAAGAUUAUGAGGAAGAUGAUCUCGCUGGUAAAGGAUCGGUGAAAGAAGAGAAAUCCCUCAAUAGUGAUGCCUCCACUCUUGAUCCAAUGCACUCCCAUGUGCAAUUUUCGGACGAGAACGCGAGUGAAACCGAACAGGCCCAGGAAAAACCUCACCGCGGUGAAGAUACCUUGGAAAUUCGGCAACUGUUGAAGAACCUGGAAGAUAUCGACAAAUUCAGAGACGCCGUGGAAGCUGACAUUAUUGACCCACUUGCGGACACGGACAACAUUGGAGAAGUCGAAAUUAAUGAGAAAAGUGGACACAAGGGCGAAAAUCCCGGUGGAACGGCUAUGGCCGAUGAUGAUUACGUGAAAACGGAUGAGCCUCUCGUCCAUGGCAUCUCCAAUAUUGACCUAAAGGACCACAACAGAGCGCACACAGACGAGCCGGGCGGACCUGACAUGCUGUCUCAGAAAGAAUCUUCGCCAGGCGAAGAGUCCCAACAAUUGAGGAAAGAGAAGAAGAAACGGGUUCUUAGUUACAUCAGCCUCGAGGAAAUGGGAUUGCUCAGCCGCAUCAUUACGACAGUCUUCGUUGGUUGUGGAGAUGACUCAAAAGGAGGCAUUAAUACCGACGAAAAUUUGCACAUUAUUGAGGAUUCUGUGGACACCGACAGAAACAUCCGUCGCGAAGAUCUCCCCGGUAAAGUAGAGGACAGCGCCAUAAGAAGCAUGGAUGCACAUGCGUUUGAACCUCGGAAUGAACCCGAGGACCGGCUUCUAUCAAGCGAAGAAUUGGAAAGGAAGGAAUCGUUAGAGAGUCGACAACAAAAGAGGCUGCUUACUGCCCUCAUGAGAGUAGUCUCCUGCCCCAGCCGGGGAAAUAUCGCAAGUGGCGACGCAGAUAAAAUCAAAAAAGUCAAUAAAUUGGGAGUUCCCAGGCUACAAGCACUCCAGAGAGGUGGAAAGUUGUUCGAUCACGUUUUUGUCCUAGGCGUUAAUGACCUCUGCCAACAUUACAAUGAAGUCUGGUUUCGAGAUCUCCAGGACCUUCACAUGGGUUACACCGAUGGAUAUUUUUGGCUUUUCAGCUUGGAAAAUGAAUUCCCUGAACAAUUUCUUGAAGAAUUCAACACUUCAUAUCCAGCUAAAGUCGUGAGCACAAUGAGCAGAAAUGAACCUGCGAGGGAAUCGAAGUGGAUCUAUCAAGCUGAACGAUUCAUCAAGAAAACGUACAACGAUUGGGAAACUGGGAGCACAACUCGCCUGGUCCCACCAGUUCAACACGAAGAAGACUGGGUUAAGGCAGCCAAGACAUCUGGGGGGAAAUCAGAGAGACACCUAAUUCUUCGUCUAUAUGGCCUGGGACGGAAAAACCAAAUGCCAAUGUUUAUCACGUAUAAUCGUAACUUUUCCCACCUCGUCGAGAGAAGAAAUGUGGGUGGUGGCAUUGAGAAUAUCCUGGAAGGAGGAGAACACGACAUUGUCCUAAUACAUCGUGAGAUUGGGGUCAUUUUCGUGCAAGUCAAGAAUGUGGAUUCAAGGAGAAAGCUAAACGAUAAUUUUGAUAAAGCCAAAACCCAACUCGAGAAAGACUUCUGCAACUUCGAAACCACCUGGAAUGAUUUUAAGGAAAGUGAUGCGAAGGACAUGACGGUGUCACUCUGUGUAGUAGCUCUGACGAAUGUGAAAAGAGCUCAAGUUGAAAGGAAAUCUCUGAGUGACUUACCUGUCCGGAGUGUCUUCCUCUGCGAAGAAGACCUCGAGUCGUUAGAAUCCAUUGAGCGGUGGUGGAACGGUCAUGUUCUCCACCACCUGCAGGGCUCCACUAUCGAUUCCAGGUCGUACCUACGUCUUCUGGCCAUGUGA